CAGCAAUUUUCUUUAAAACGUGUUUUGUUUGCAAUAAUGACUUAAUAUAUGAUUUAAUAUAUCAGAAAUAUUAGUUUUUAAUUAUUUUUUUUUAACAUUUGUGUUCUAUUAGACGUGAAACGGUUAAAAUUUAUUAACAAAUUUGAUGAUUUAUUUAAAUUUUAUUUUUAUUCUAACAUAAUUUUACAAAAGAUCUUAUAACUUUAUUAUUUUGAAUCAUAAAAGCGUAAUUUAAAUUAUUAGAUACGGACCAGAAAUUAAUACAAUCACAUUGCAACAAUUGUAUAUUUGCAUCUAUAUAUUUAUAUUUGCGGAAUACAUAUAUUUGUCCGAGAUUCAUAUUAUAGUAUUAAUAUGCUAUUAAUAACGAUUAGGCAGCGAUAAAUAUUUUUCCUUUUCUUCUCAACUCAUCUAUAUGCAAAUGUUUCUUACCUCAAGCCCUUAUGAAGGUCACAAUCUUCCUCUAUUUUCUUUAUGUCAUACAUUUAUAAAACCUUGUGUCCAUGAUGCUAAAAAUCAGUUUGUGAUUUCAGACAGUGAGAAAACCAAUCACAUAAUCGAAUUAUUCGGUUGAAUUGAUCAAUUCUCUGUCAGAAAUUUUGGACUGAUUUUCAUAAUAACACAUCAUAAACACAAGGCUUUAAGGACUAGCAUGCAGAAAAACAUAAAUAGUGGGUGAACCAAUCAGAGAAUUUAAAAAUGGCACUUUAAAACCAUAGACACAAUGAACGGAAUAAGGAAUAGAAUAUAGAAAAUAAAAUUAAAAACAGUUCAAAUAAAACAGUUCAAUGGCUGCAUUCAGCAAAAAAAGUAUACUUUGUAACUGUUGUAAGAUUCUUUGAUGUAAUUUGUUCUUACUCUGAAUUCUUGCUGGAUCUGAAUGAAUAAACCAAUCAUAUUAAAGAAUUUUAUAACAAUUGCAAAACCACUUUUUCUGCUGAACGCAGCUAAUAUUUUGAAUAAGAGCCCUGGGGCCCUAUUCUUGAAAACAUGCGAAUAACUUUCGUAUACGAAAAUAGCAGAAUAACCAAUGGAAUUAUUCAACGGUAUUUUUCCAUUGGCUAUUUUGUCACUUUCGUAUACGUAGAAAUUCGCAUGUUUUCAAGGAAUAGUUCAAUACGUUGAAUGAAAAAUAUUUGAUGUUUUCCUUAUAUUAAAUUGUUUUCUUAUUCUCUGUUUCUUAUUCCGUUCAAUGUAUCUGGACUCUUAUUCAAAACAUUGGCUAUUAUUCAAAAUAAAAAAUGUUAUAUGAAAUAUUUCUUAAACGUGUCCAUAAUGUUAGAAAUCGGUCCGAGAAUGGAGGGAUAAUGAAUUAAUUGCAUUAGACAGUUAGCGAAAUUGUACAAAUGCAAUUUAGUUAAUUCUUUUUAUCCGAGAUCAGAAUAAGUUUUUAUUUUGCCCUUAUUUUUCAAAAAGUUACUUUCUAGUGAAUUGCUGCAGUUGGUUCUUCUGAUUAUGAAUAUUAUAAUUACAAUUCGAUUCUUUCAAUACUUUAAAACCCUUGUGCCGUAAUUUGCUUGAACAGAAAUUCUGUUCUUUUUAGCUGAACUGACUGUACUAGUCCACAAUUUAUCUUUUUCCCUUGACGUUGGAAGAAAAAAGAUAAACUCUAAACUAGUACUACUGGUUUAAUUAAAAAGAACAGAUUUCGAAAUCUGUGAUAAAGAUCUCCAUAAUCUGUCCUAUCUAAACACCCUACAAUCAGAGUUCGACCAUGAGACAUUUAAUUUUGAUCAGUUGCCAAGUUUUGCCAACUCCCAAGAGAAAAAGAGAUAAAAGAUACAAGAGAAAGAGAGAGAAUGUAUAUGAUACAUAGCUCUUUCUUGUUCUCACUAACAUGAAUAUAUACUUUCUUGCAGGAUAUUGAUAAAUUGCUUUAAGCAGUGUCUACAAUGCAGUUAUUACGAUGUUGCGACACUGCGACGGACCAAUUAAAGAUGAGAAUAUAUAGUUUUUUUUCUUUUUUAAUUGGCUCAUCGCAGCGUCGUAAUAUCAUAACGACUGUAUUGUAGACGCUCCUUUAUAGUCAGGCUGAUCUAGUAUUACUGAUUGGACACUGUUCUUCCAAUUAGAGUAGAGCCAUCCCCUCCACAUAUAUACUACCAGUCUGCUGCAAAGAGGUUCUCAAACGGCAACUUGUAGGCAGUGUUAUUAGAUCGUAGGACCUGAGACUUCUCCAUUAUACGUAGAGCAGCAUGUUUGUACAAUAACGUGUAUAAAUGAGCUCUUUUUUCAGAGUAGCUAGUGCAGAAGUUACAGCAAUCUUAGCCAAUCAAAUGAACUCACUAAAUCAAUGGCAACACACGAUUGGUUAAAUUGCUGGAGUUUCUACACCGAAAAAGGACCUUAUUAAUGCACCUCAUUGUAUAUACAUUCAGCGCGAAGCUGAUUGGCGUUGAGCACACUGCUUGUAAGCAGUGUUGAGGAAUUUUUUUUUAAAUUUACGUUUUAAGACCGGAGCACAGAUUCUUGCGUACCUGCAUUAGCAUAUGCAUAAGGAAAUGACCAAUCAGUUCCCUUAUGCAUAUGGUUAUACAGUUAUGCAAGAGUCUGUGCUCUGGUAUCUAUAUUAUUAUCGUAUGGGAGUUUUUUUAAGAUAAAUUAUUAAAUUUUUAUAUUUUUUUCUUCUAAACAUUCUUCUAAACUUCUAAAAAAAAAUCCUCGUGGUAAUAAGAAAACUAAAAUGUGGAGGAAAUCUUUCAACUUAUUCUGUGUUCCAAAUCUGUUCACUUUUUACAAAAUUUAUUGUGGAAUAUUUGGUCACUCUGAUUAUAAGGUCUUUGUCGACUUUUAACGUUUUUGACAAUUUUUAAUGUGACAUUGUUUACAUUGUGCGUUUGGUCCGCCACCUAUACACUGAUCCAAACACGAUAGGUCAUAACAAUGUAAACAUUUAUGAACUUGUUUGGGUCAGAUAAUUUUUUUGUGAUCCCUGACCUAUCUUAGGUGCUCUUAGGUCAUAUAUGAUAUAACGCGUGUAAACAGAACUAUACUAAAGUCGUAAUCGCAUUAAAGAUUGAGAUUAGAUUGGAACUUGACGAAUCCAAAGAAACAUAAUUGACCUCAAGUUUAAUUAAAUUCGUUUUAAUUGGUCAAAUUCCAAUCAAAUCGUAAUCGCAAUCUCCAGUCUGAUUAUGAUUUAUGGAAAGUGAUGUGAAGUAUACUAGUAAAUUCUAUUUUUGAAAACAUGUAAAUAUUUUUAGUAUACGAAAAUGCAGAAUAGCUAAUGGAAUUAUUCUUCCAUUGGCUAUUUUGCCAAUUUCAUAUGCAAAAGUUGUUUGCAUGUUUUUCAGAAUAUAGCUCUUGAUAGAUGGCAUUAUGAGGAUUAAGGUAAAGUACUAUAGAUGUAGUUACUCUCAUUCGCCAUUUUGGUUCCAGCUAGAUGUACAGAUAAAGGUCCUUACACAAUACGGGAAAAAGCGAUAACGAUAGAAAAUAAACACAGAUUAUUGAUUUCACAGCUUCUGAUUGGUUGAACAUUUCUAUCGCUAUUUUUAUUGCUAUUUCCUUGCAUUGUGCAAAAAUCGUUAUACGAUGUAACAUAACGACACGAAUGUAAAUUCUGAGUUUGCUCUACAGUAAAGUUAGAAAUUAUUGAUUUUUGUCUUCGAAUUUAUGCAAUUAUGAAAUGCAUGUAGACUAUUCGAAAGUUGCCACUUUGUCAUCACGUCGUAAGGAACACAUCAGGUCAAAAGAAAGCAUAAAAAUGAUUUUAUUUUGAUAUUAUAAAAGUUAAAAUAAUUUUUGGUUACAAAAUUUGAUGUUAAUGAUCAAAAUAAAGUCAUUUUGAACUUCUCUUAAUUUUUGUGUAUUUCUAGGGGGCUACUAGAAGUUGCCAGCCAAAUAAACCUAAAACUGUAGAUGAGAGUACUUACAUCUAUAGUGCUUUAAUUAAGGAUCUCUCAGUCUACGAUAGAUAUAGUAAGCCUUAAGCCGUAAGAAAUUGACCAAUCAUAGUUGAAUAUGAGGAGAAUAAUCGAUCAUCGUUGGUCAAUUUCUAUCAACUUAAAGCUUACAACAUUAGGCCUGUUCGUGUUGCUGCCCUUUUUGAAUUAAUUUCUUUGUCGUCUCUCUCUUUCUUACGAUCGAAUAUAUAUUUAUCUCAUCUCGAGUGCAAAAAUUUUUGGAGAUUUCAAGCAAGAACACACCUAUUAAUUGUAGACCGGGACUCACAAAUUUUUAGUUAGCUGAUCAAUCGGUUGGUUCAUUGGAAUUAACCAAUCGCAUUUAUCAAUUCACAUAACAAGCAAUGCGAUUGAUUAAUUCCAAUGAACGAACUGGUUGAUUACCGAAGAUUGGUGAAAGUGGUCCUAAGGCCUCAUUGGGGCUAGAGGUAGCCAUAGAUCUAAACAUGAACAUUUCGUUGAUGAUUCAUUUUAGGUCAAGGUUAUGAAUCGAGAUCAUCGAAAUGGAGGUGAGGUCGCGUGGUGUAAACUAAGCAAUACAUGUGCUAUUAAACUUGAAAAAUUAACAAGUUUGACUAUUUAUUUAUAUUUUAUAAUUGUUUUAACUUCGUUUACUUCAUUCUUUCGACAUGAGAAGCUUUUUACGAAGCAAAGUAAUACAAAGUUAUAAGUGGCAAGACGAGCAAAGAAGAUGCUGACGAUGGAUAACUGAAAGAAAAACGCUGUGUCAUAGAACUACCUCCGACGGAAAUACCUGAUUGGGCUAUGUUGCGAAUAAUGAUUCACAGCGACGAUAUUUGAAGUUUUUUCACUGGGUCAAUCAAUCAAGAAAAUUUUAUAUUAAAUUGAUCAAUUGGUGACAUAGGCAAUCUGAUGAUAUUUAUGUGCCCAGCAAAUAUAUAUCAAUAAACAGGUCUAAUUGGUGGCGGAAAAAUGAAACGUAUUUAUUACGUUUCAAUGUUUGGUAGCAACCCAGGCGGUGCACCAUCAACGGUGACAGCAUCGUCUAUCUCGAGAAACACCACAGGAAAUCGCACUCAAUCCGCAACUAGAAGGACGGUUACUAAUCAGCAGCAACAAAUCUCACAGCAACAGCAGCAACAACAGCCAAAACAACCCAGAUUCCCAUUGUCGUCCAUCGGUGGGGUAACCGCGAGGAGUUCUGAUGAGCACGGACCCAGAACCGGUACGCCAGACGACAACUCAAACGACUCCGGCCUUGGUUCAGAGGAACGUCAACAGCAUUUCAACAACAAUCUUUGGAACAACGUCGGCGAAGAGGAUUCGAAGAGGAGGAAAAUGGAUAUCAAGUUAGAGUCCGAGGACGCAAAUUUCGCGUUUCCGGAAGUAGCUCCUGGUACCAGCCCUGACAAUAAAUCACCGACGGUCAGAACCACCGUCAAUGGGAUCGGUUUGGGAGGAAUAUCCGGCAAUAGAUCCGGAAACACUAAUUCCAUAGGCAGAGUUGUAGGAGUAACCAGACCUCGACCUGCUAUGGGUGUGUUGAACAAAAGAACACCGAUCACGCAUCAGGGACCUGUCACUCUUAUUUCGCAACUAUCCAAUGUUUCUGCCGAUGGCAAAUCUCAACUGCAGAUCGUCUGUCAACCCGAGCAGCAGCACCGAGCUCGCUAUCAGACGGAAGGUUCGCGAGGCGCAGUGAAGGACCGUAGUGGGAACGGCUUUCCCAUCGUUCGACUGAUCGGCUAUGACAAGCCAACGACUCUACAGGUGUUUAUCGGCACUGAUUUUGGCCGAGUUGCACCCCAUAUGUUCUACCAGGCCUGCCGAGUAAGCGGCAAGAACUCCACACCAUGUAUCGAGCGAAAGAUCGAUGGCACGAUCGUGAUAGAGAUCGAUAUGGAUCCGGCCAAGGAUGUUACUUGUGACUGCGUUGGCAUUCUUAAAGAGCGUAAUGUCGACGUCGAGCAUAGGUUUCCUCAAGAGGCCGGGUUGUUACAGGGGAGAAGCAAGAAGAAAUCCACGCGAUGCCGUAUGGUUUUCCGCACGAUUGUCACGCAUGCCGACGGGACCACAGAGACGCUGCAAGUCUGCUCUCAGCCAAUAGUCUGCACUCAACCACCUGGAAUUCCAGAGAUCUGCAAAAAGUCUCUGACGUCCUGUCCAUGUACAGGCGGGUUAGAACUUAUCAUACUUGGUAAAAACUUUUUGAAGGACACCCGAGUAGUCUUUCAGCUGGAUAGUGACGAUCUAACGAGUAGCCUGGAGCCGCAUUGGGAAUGCACCGUGCUGCCAGACAAGGAGCAUCUGCACCCAGUGCACCUGGUAUGUGUAAUACCGCCUUAUCGCAGACAGGAUCUUGCACCUACAGAAACGGUCAGCAUCAGACUGUUCGCGGUGUCGUCCGGCAAGACCAGCGAACCACAUACCUUUCUUUACACGGCUGCCUCCACUCCUCCACAGCCGUCCAUAGGCAAAGUGGAGUCUAUCUCACCCCCAUUAGCAAACGGCGACACUAGCCUGGCUACGUCCUCUGCCGCGGUAACUUUGGCCACGGGUGUCGCAUCCGGUAGUUUAUUAACGCAAACAGCUGCAGGAGCUUCGAGCUACUUGUCGAAUGCACCGGCUCAGUCGCAACAGAGCACCUCUUCGGAGACUUUGAAAAGUGAUCCCAGUUCACCACCGACAGGAACGUCCCAGGUGACUCCUGUGAUGCUGUGGGCUUCACAGUCCUCAAACUCUCCUUCUGAUGUCAUGAUGCCACCUCCAGUUCUUGUAACGAAUCCUUUAAUGAACCGACGAUCGUCGUCAAAUCUUCAGCUGAUUCUGCCGGAUAAUUUAAAAACGGAAGUACUAGAUGAAAACAGUCAGAACAGUAUGCUGAGCGAAAAUAGCAUGCAAAGCAUUCCGACGCCGACGACGGCCACAAACGGACCGACAUCGGGCGCCUCUCCACUUCAACAGUUGGUCAAUGAAAACUCCAGAGAAGCUGCGACCACACAAGCUGAUAUUAUCAGGACCGUUGCUGCUGCGACAACUAAUAACAGUCCCGUGCAAGAGACUGUUAGUGGUCUUCUCGGAGUUGUGGAUCUGAUACGCACUCAGCAUCCUCUGUCAAUGAUGAAUGCACAUCAUCCGACUUCAUAUGGAGGCAUGCAUGAGUCAACUCAGGUUCAAGUUCUUAGCCCUCAUCGCCUUAAGGACACAAAUGGUGUCUUGUCAACGGACAAUAGCUCCAAUGGAGCUGCUCUUCAAGGUGCCGGCGUAGUGGAUCUUCGCAUGAAACACCACAAUCACUCCGACAUUGGCACGCUAUCGAGUUUCCCCGGUGCUUCCGGGACUCAGUCGUUGUCGGCGUCGAGCAGUCAUGUGGUGGAAAAGUACCUGAAUCAUAUAGAGUCCUCAGUUGGCACCGCUGAGGAAUCUGAUAAUCCAGAAAAUGAGUUCGCUAUUCAGCAGCGAGCUUCCAUCAUUUCAGGAAACGGUCAACAGUCGGCUCCUCCAGGAAUUCUAGCCAAUACAGGACCAAGUUCGGUAAAAUUAGAUGCCUUAGUAAACUCUGCAGCUGAACAGAUGGUCUCCCCAAUGCACUCGGUGAAUUCGAAUCCUACCACAAUGUUGAGCCGUGUGACAGCAGAACACGAGCCAUUAGUUAGUGGCCCGCAGACUAGAACUAGUCCAUCGAUUCCAGUGAAGACAAUGUUGUUAGAAGCGCUAAUCCCGUCGCAGACGGUGCAACCAAUGGCAGAUAUUGCGUGUACAGCUUCGGUAACGCCUACGACGACGCUAUCGACGACAGUAGAACAAACGGGAGACAGUCUACUAAAUAGUAUCAAUGCAGCAUUGUUACCGCCAUUGCCAGAACCACAAGUCAACGCAGCAACUACCACGUCGAACUCUACGGUAUUUCUUAACCGAAAACAAAAAAGAUAUAAGCAGUUGAACGAAAAAGUUGCUGGCAAUGCGAUGCCAGCGGUGACGGCAGAGCAGCAUAUGCAGCAACAGAUUCAAGCGCUCACACAACAAGAGGUAGCCGUGAUGCAGCAACAGGUACAACAGGUGGAACAAGUAGUAGCGCAAGCGCAGCAGCAAGUCGAGCAGGUCGUCGCGCAAGCGCAGCAACAGGCGGUCCAAGUGGUGCACCAGGCCCAGCAACAGGUAGUUCAGCAAGUAGUGCAGCAUGCUCAAGUGGUGCAGCAAGCGGUACAGCAAGUUCAAGCUGUGCAGCAAGUUCAAGCGGCUCCGGUAGUGCAGCAAGCGGUGCAGCAGGCGACUGAAGAAGUGGUGCAACAAGCAGUACAGCAAGCGACUCAGGAAGUGGUACAGCAGGUUCAAGCAGUACAGCAAGCUGUCCAACAGGCCCAAGCAGCCCAAGCCAUGCAGCAGGCUGUUCAGCAAGACAUCGGUUCCAUGCUGAAUCAGCCUGCAGGAUUUGUGGCUGAAGCUAGUUCUGCUUUGGCUAGCGGGGCUGCUCAAGAGCCCUCUCAACAACGCUUGACUAAUGCAGCGGAACAAGCCAUCAAUAAUGUAAUCACCAAUGCCACAAAGGAUAUCAUCAACAAUCGGCCAAUCACAGCGACUACUGCUCAUGCGAUCAUCGCCACGAAGAAAAUUCUGAAUAGCGUGGCAACUCAGAGUGCGCAAUUGAUGAACAACGCGAUGGAAGUAAUCCUGCCGAAAUCUCCUUCGGCACAGAACAAUAUCAUCGAACAAGUCGCAAGCAAGUCGCCACCAGUCGCACUUCCGGUUACUCCAAACCGUCAACCUGUGAACAAUCCGAUUUCCAAUUCUGCUGCAAGCACCGCAUCCAACAGAAAGACGGAAGAUGGAAUGCUGCCUCAAGAACUCACCUCCAUGUCGGAACAUGAUCUUCUGAGCUAUAUUAAUCCCAAUUGUUUUGAGCAGCUUCCGCAAAGCGGAUUUCUAUUGUAGUAUCAUCGUGUUUCUCAACCGAGGCGGAGGGGAUCUUUCAACGAAUCUUAUUUCCGCAUGAAAGUUUAUAACCAGAAUCUGCCUUCUGUGUCCUGCAUUUGGUGCUAAAUAUAGCGGCUGGUUUUAAAUUUUACUUGCCUCGUAUUGAAGAGUGCUUAAACCAUUAUAUGGAGCUUAAACCAUUAUAUGGCCGUAACUAGUUAAAUGUGGGAUACAAGAGUUCAAGAACGUUUGAACGUUUGAAACGUCUUGAUAGAUAUACGAUGUUUUUGGACCUUUGCAUUGUCUGAAUUUGUUACUGUGCAGGAUUAAUCUCGACCAGGUUGCAAGAUUGCAUUAGCUUGUGCCGACACUGACAAUUCUGUGCCACAUUUUUAGUGUGAUGCAAAGUUACUUUUAUAGAAGGGAAAGUAGAAGUGCACUGUGUAAACUUUGGGUCUCAGCACAUCUUCCCGAGAUUUCUUUUUGGAAUUCUCGUAAUUACGGAUUUUGAGAUUUUAAAAGUUUUGAUCUCCGAUUAUUGGACCUUCUAAUCUUAAUUCUUUUGAUAGAGCAGAGUCCAACUGAAAAACGUUCCUGCUAAACGAAUGUAGAAUGAUCGUCUAAGCAGCAACUACAAUAUGCGCGCCAGAUUUCGCACAUAUUUUUGGAGAUUAAAGGAUAUAUUUUCAUAUACUUUUCGUCAUAUUUUGUGCCGAAAAGGUUAACAAUUGAUUUCAUCUAAUCCGUUAAUAAGAUGUUUAUAAGAGAAAUAUUUAUGAGAUAUUAUCAGACUUUGAUUUAUUUAAAGCACGAUGAAAAAUUUCUCUUAAUGGCCCGAAGUUUUCAGAGAUACUUCCUGAUCAUCCUGUGAUUCACGGUAGAGGAAUGCCGUAAGUCUACAGCAGCAGAUCUUCAAGGAUCGAGAACUAUUAACAUUUAAGUAUAAGACGGGCGCACGAGAAAGCGCGACAAUGUCAGAUGUUCUUCUCUUUCACACAUCUUUUCUUUCUUUGUAUGUUUUAUCUUUUCUAUGAAUUGUCAAAUCUUCCUUGACAAUUCGUUAUUUAUCUUCAACGAUGUAUAUUACAACUAGGUGCGUCGCAUAUUAUCUCGUGCUCUAUUUUAAUGUGUAUCUUGAAUUUUUUAUUUGCAGGAUUGACAGAAUAAUAUUAUCUAUGUGACGCAUGCGCGCGCGUUACAUAGAAAAAGAUAUAUCGUAAAUGUUGAGAUAAUGAAUUAAUAUUCAAAUGUUACGUUUCAAAACUGAAUCCUAAAUAUUGGGAUUUAACAGAGGGAUUUUAGAGCUCAUUAAUUAAUAGUUUAAUAUUGACGAAAGAAAUUAAGAAGUUAAUUGAAAGAUAGUGAAGAAGAGCCAAGUUUCUAGUUUUAUCCUUGAAUCUUGGAAGCUUUAAUUUUCUUGCUUUUCAAAGUUUAAAAAAGAAAAUAAGUGGAAACACAUAUGCGUAAUUAUAUGAACUAUAUUAUCGAUUGCGCUGUUGUGAUUAUUAUUGACUUGAUUUCAUUGCGAAAGAAUGGAUCAUCUCGUCGCUGUGGUCUCCACAUGUCUCAAGAAUAUAUUUCGUAUAUUCGUAUAUUAGAAUAUGUAUAUUGUUCGAUAAUUCAAGUUAUUUUGUUUUUUUUCUCUUUUUUGUUAUUUAGUACAUUGAUAAUGAUAAUAGAAUUAUGUGAAUGCAUUAAUGUUACUUCAUAGAGGAAUAGAAAGGGAAUGAAAGAGAGAGUGAGAGAUUAUGUUGUACGUUGAAGUGGUGUGUGUGUAUAUAUGUAUGUAUAUACACAUACAUAUACAUAUAUACACAUAUAUACAUAUAUAUACAUAUAUACAUAUAUACAUACAUAUAUAUAUAUAUAUAUAUAUAUAUAUAUAUAUAUAUAUAUAUAUAUAUAUUACGUUUAUCCAAAGAGAGAGUAGAGAGCAGGCUAAGUAACAAGUGAGCUUAUUAAGGAUAUAUGUCCAUAUAAUUAUUAUAUAUACAUAUAUAUAUAUAUUGGAUGUAACUAAAGUGCGUUGCGUAAAGUUCUUCACCGAAUAUAUUUUCUUUUCUAUGUAUUUUUAUAAAAAAUCUUCGGGGCAUUGACCAUGUAAUCUCAAAUGAUCAUGUAACUCUUUGUUCAUUCCAAUUCUACAUGAACUUUUUCACGAAUUACCAAACAAUUGGGCAUAAUCGUACGAAACGUCGAGUUCAUGUAAAACUUUUAAAAUUUUGAAAAUCAUAAUCACGAUUCUUCAGCUUAAUGAAUAUCACGAAGAUUAUUAGAUAUAUCUAGAAUAUAUUUAGAUCCCCAAAGUUCUCAAAUUUGAAUAAUGUGAGACUGUCUCUUUUUGUUUUUAACUUUUUAAUUUUUACCGUGCAGGUAAAAAUUACUUUCUAUUAUUCUUGAAUUUUACGUAUUACUAAAUUCUUGAUAAUGUAUUGCUGAUCUCCUGUAUUUCUAAAUGUAAAAAAAAUUAUUGAAUCAUCGAUAUCCUGAACUUUAAUAUUAUUUUAAUGUUUCGCACUUUAGCGAUAUCUCAUGUACGUAUAUCGCGACAUCGAAUUUUUCGGGGUAGUUCCCCAUAUGUUCAAGACGAGCGGUGCUAAUAUUCGCCAAGAUUAUGUAGCUAAUAGAAGAGACAGAGAAAAAAAAAAGAGAUUUUAUAUCGAAAAAUAUAACGAAACAUUUAUUGUCGCGACAGCAACAUGUUCUUUGUAGCCAAGUAUAUAUAUACACACACACACACACACACAUAUAUAUAUAUACAUACAUAUAUAUAUAUAUUUUAUAUUGACCGUUGUAAUGUGUCCGUAGUCGCACGCGAUGACUAAUGGUUCGCCUAAACAGGGAAGAUAACUUGUGUACCACCUUGCGAUAUGUACCUCGUGAAAUUGUCGUAAACGUGUGCUCUUCUCGUUGUACGCACGUCUGAUAACAGCUACCAGCCUAACUUCGACAGAAAUUCGUAACAAUGUAUCAUUAUUUACUCCUGUAAGUUGAAUAAAUGUUUCACUAUGAUAUA